AUGUCGGCGCGGGCCGCGGCUGACGUCAGAGGGGAGCAACGCAGAGCGGCGGCGGCGGCCAGCAGGCAGCAGCGGCGGCCCCGGCACGGAGGAGGCAGCGGCGAGAGCGGCCUCGGCCCCGCCGCCACGAUCCCCGCCAGUACAGCCACCGCCACCAGCGCAGCAAUGGCGACCGUCGGGGAGCGCAGGUCCUUGCCUAGCCCGGAGGCGAUGCUGGGGCAGCCCUGGAGCCAUUGGGUCGACGCUGCUAAACUUCACGGGAACGAUGGAGCAGCCUUGGACGAAAAUUUCAAGGAGUAUGGUAAAAACCGAGAAGCGAUGCGACUUUGUAGGGAAGAUAUGCCAAUAUUUGGUCUUUGCCCAGCUCAUGAUGAUUUCUAUUUGGUGAUGUGUAACCACUGUAAUCAGGUCGUAAAACCACAGGCAUUUCAAUCACAUUAUGAAAGAAGACACAGCUCCUCCAGCAAGCCACCUCUGACACCUCCUUCCUCUUCAGUAUUCUCCUUGUAUUCAUCUCUGUCUUCAAAAAGUAAAGGUAGCAGCGGAGGAGGGAGCAAUCGCUCAUCCAGUGGUGGAGGGGCAGGUGCAUCGUCCUCAUCUAGUUCAAAAUUAUUGAAAUCACCCAAAGACAAGCUGCCAAUUGGUGGAAACAAUAGGCCAAUGCACCUAAUACAUAGCAAAGGUCUCCAUGACAAAAUCAUGACUCCAUCUGUCAAAAUGGAAAAAAUACAUCCAAAGUUAGAUGGUGCAUUACUGAAGCCUGCUGUUGGUCCAACCUGUUCUACUACUGUGAGCUCCUCAAUAAAGACUGGCCUUAAUCCCUCAAUACCAAAGCCACCCUUGCCUUCCCCUGGACAGAUAGUGAAUGGUAAAAGUCUUCUCUCUGUGCCUCCAUAUACAGAAAAGAAACAAGACGAGAGUACAAAUAAUAGGAAAUUUUUACACAAAAGACUGUCAGAGAGAGAAUUUGAUCCUGAUAUCUACUGCGGAGUCAUUGACACAGAAACCAAGAAACCCUGUACCAGGUCGUUAACAUGCAAGACACAUUCCCUAACUCAGCGAAGAGCUGUACAGGGUCGGAGGAAACGAUUUGAUUUAUUACUAGCUGAGCACAAAAGCAAAACCAGGGAAAAAGAACUACUCCGCCAUUUGGAUCAUCAUCAGCAGAUGCCCCUUCUCAGGGAACCACAUCCCUCACCUUCAAGAACUUCCCAGGAGCUGCACCAAAAUUCUCAUGGAGUUAUUCCUACAGAAUCAAAGCCUUUAGUACCUAAUAAACCCAAACCUCACACCCCCAGUCUUCCAAGGCCUCCAGGCUGUCCUGGCCAGCACAGUGGGAAUGCCCCUAGUGAGUCUCCAUCACUCCAUGAAUCUCCACAUGCUCCCUUGCCUGCAGCUGAGCCAACAUCUCGGUUAUCCAGUGAUGAGGGAGAAUGUGAUGAAAAAGAAGAGCCUGUUGAAAAACUGGAUUGUCUUUACUCGGAUCAUCAUCCUCAAGCAGCUGCUUUUUGCACAUUUGGUAGUCGACAAAUCGGAAGAGGUUACUACGUGUUUGAUAAGCGGUGGAACCAUAUCCGAUGUGCACUUAAUGUCAUGGUGGACAAGCAUCUUAAUUCACAGAUGUGGAAGAAGAUUCCUCCCGCGACAAGCAACUCAGCAUCCAUCCGCGCUCCCCACCGGACAAGUGCCAUGGCUGCGUCGCAGUACGGUGUCAGCACGACAAGUUCCACGUUACCCACAACCGCUGUGUCCCCUCCAGUGCUUGUGUCUCCCUCUUGUUUAUCUCUUAGUGGCAAAUCAGUACCAUCCCAUGGGACUACGCUCAAUGCCAACCCUGCUAGUUUUGGUGCAGCAGAACCUGCCUGCAGUAUGCAAUCAAGACAAGGGUCUACAUCCCUUUCAACACCUCCAGUGCUUUCCUCAAUACCUUCACCUCUGUCCAGCAAACCUCAGAAAUUUAAAUCCAGCAAGUCUUUUAAGCCUAAGGAAAUUUCUGCUAGUAGCGCCAACUGUAACAGUAACAGUAGCAGUAGCAACAGCGGUAGCGGCAGCUCAGGAAAGAAGCGCAAAAACAGUUCCGUGCUGCCGGCAGCUUCUUCUCAUUCCACAGAGUCCUUUAGGAAAAACUGCGUCGUUAACUCUGGAAACUCGGGGGCUUCUUUCCACUCGCCUGUGAUGUCUUCAUCCCACAGUGUUGGCCUCAACUGUAUGACUAGUAAAGCGAACUCGCUUAGCCUCAAACAUGACCAAUCAGGGAGGGGGCCUCCGACCGGGAGCCCUGCAGAAUCGAUAAAACGGAUGAGCGUGAUGGUGAACAGUGGCGAUUCUACCCUCUCGCUGGGACCGUUCAUUCACCAGUCUAGCGAACUGACGGUAAACUCGCACGGCGGGUUUUCACAUUCACACCCUUCCCUAGAUAAACUCAUAGGAAAAAAAAGAAAGUGUGCGCCUGGUUCAAGUAGCCUAAGCAGCAGCAGCAGCAGCAGCAAAGCAAGCAAGAUUGCCAAAUUGCCACCAGUGAACAACAUUCACACAAAACACACUGGUGCAAUCCCAGGGACACAAGGAUUGAUGAACAAUUCUAUUCUUCAUCAGCCAAAGGCACGUCCCUAGCAGUUGACAGUACCAUGACAGAACUGGAUUAUUUUCACUACAAGCAGAAAAAAAAAACUCUCCAUCUGGAAAUUCUGGACUCCCUGAUGCCUUUUGAGUUCUCCCAGCUUCCCACAGUUCUCAGGUGUGGAAAUCUACUAGUCUGUCACACAAUCAAGGAGAUUCCCUGAAGCCAUGUCUGUAGCAACAGAGAUUGGAAAUGGACACUGGGUUGCCGUUCAGCCACAGGAUUAUUCCUAUCAGUGUUACCAGUGGUCUGGACUGCUUGCUACACAUCCCUGUGAGGUUUUUAUUUACAGGAAUACAUCAUUUUUGCCACUAAUUUAAACAAGAUUGGUUGGGCAAAGCAGUGUUUGGGAAAGGAUAUUACUAUGGACUUGUGUUUUCUUUUCUUUUACCGAUAGUGUCAUAAGCCUAAUUAACCGCUCUUUUGGCACUGUCCUAGCGAAAACCCUUCCAGAAGGGGGCACAAAUGUGUUAGGCACAAUAAAACAGACAGAAAAGCCCUCCAGAAGGGGAAUAUGGCUUUAGUGUUUUAUAGCAAUGUUCCUUGAUUGGAAUACAAAAAAAAUAAAAUAAAAAAUAGCACAAUUUAGAAAUGAAAGUCUACAUUUUGCCCAGCCUUUUAUAAGUAAUUUGGGAUAAGAAGCUGACAGGAGUUCUUUAAAACAACACACAAGUUUGGGGUCAUCACUCAAAAACUACAAAGCAUAUUUAAAUUGUGAAACCACAUGGUACAGAACAAUUUUUAAUGGGAGUUGUCCACCAAGCAUAGCUGCCUCAUCUCCUUCCUUCCUUCCUUCCAGUGGAGGCUGUGUAGGGCUUUCUGUACGUGACCCACUGAAAUGAAUGAAGGUUGCUCAGUGGCGUUCUUUGGAGGAGGAUGGCACCUGCUUGAUUCUGAAAUAAAAUUGCUUUGAUUCUGAUACACAGAGCGAUGCAAAACUCUUGAAUCCAAAAUGGUGAAUGACCUCUAAAACUUAUUCCCAAAGAAUAUAUUCUUGACCUAUACUGUAUGCCAUACGCCUUUGUUGUUUUGGGGAGAUGUGGGUGGGGAAGGAU